AUGGAAAAUCCAAUAAUUGAAGGCUCCUGCAGAGAACGUGACAUAUCAUACAAGUUUUUAGCCGAACAUACUGAGCUAAGUGAGCUUGAAGCUGGAAUUCCUUAUAAAGAGAAGAAAUAAAUUGAUAGUAUUGGACUCCAAGGCGUACCUGAUGGGGACUGGCGCGAUGGGCAGCGAAAGAUGCUCCUAGUGAUGAAAUAUAGAACUAUCUUAAUGGAAAGCUGCUGAAGCAGAGUUUUUUUCUCCCCCAAAGUUUUUUAUUGCCCCUACUCGAUGGUCUAGACAAGUUUUGCCUCAAUAGUUUCUUCUCACCGGGAUCAUCAGGGCAGUUUGAGACGGUGGCUCUGCUCUAAACAGCUAAUCCUUGUACAACUGGUUCAGGCCAGAAAUCCAAAAGAGCAGCGGUCAACUUAGCAUAUGGCCACCUCAAUUUCUCAACUUACUAACUUAUAAAGAGUUUUUCUUCCACAGCAAAGCAAGAGAUAAAGACUUAGAGUUUCGAGUGCUCAAGCGGAUUACGGAGACUCGGAAACAUGCAGAAUGUCUUGUCGAAAAUUCUGCCAUGACUUGCUCUAUGAACCGUUAUGCUGAUAUUCUUCCAUAUAAAGACACACUAGUCCACGUUCCAGGCUACUCGUACAUUAACGCAAAUUUCGUGGAUGGAGCAUGCUCAGGCUCCGAACAAAUGAUAAUUGCCACCCAGGGCCCGCUUCACAGGACAAUGGAAGCUUUCUGGGCGAUGGUUUGAGAAUAUGAGGUUUCCCUCAUAAUUAUGAUGUGCAACUUAUUAGAAGACGGGAUGGUGAAAUGUGAAGAAUAUUUUCCAAGCGAAAAUAAUAUAUAUUUAUAUGACAAAUAGCCAAUAAGAAGCAUUUUUUGGGCAGCUAAAUAGCCAAAUGAUCCAAAAAUUACUCCUUAAUAGGCUAUUUAUCAUAAAUUAUUAUAUACAAUGCGAUGUCUUUGAGAUAUCACUCGCGAAAAGCACAAAUAAAUACCCAUUUUUGAUAGAAAGGGUUCUCAUUAUGACCCAUGUCCCUACUCAAGAAACAAGAAUUAUCACUCAUUUACAAAGCACAGCCUGGCCAGACCAAGGUGUCCCGUCACUUGCUGACGAGUUUAGCUCUAUCAAUUAUAUGAUUUCGUUGAUAAAGAAAAAGUGGCUGGCAAAUAGAUCAAAAAUCGUUGUACAUUGCUCUGCUGGAAUAGGAAGGACAGGAGUCCUUGUAGGAAUUUUUAACGUUGUAACAGCUCUUGAAGAGUUACUUGAAAAAGAAGCUGAAGACGAAAACGUGGAGCCAAGAGUUUCAAUUUUUGGAGCGGUAAGAAGACUGAGAGAGCAGCGAUGGGGCAUGGUUGCGAAUGUGAAACAGUAUAAAUUUAUUUAUAAGUUUAUGGAGUAUUGGAUCACUUCAUUUUUGUCACAUCAGCAACAAAUCGGACAGUCAUUAUAA